CGAACAAAACCGGGCAUGAGCCUCUGCCAAAGAACGAGAGGUUCACACACACGCGCUCAGACGGCAGACCCGCUCCCCCUUAAUACAGCGGGUUCGCUCACCUGCAGCUGCAGCUCCAGCAACAGCAUGGGAGGCGACUUCUUGGCCCGUCUCUUCUUCCUGCUGCUCCUGGGCCUCGGCUGCAGCAAUGGCGGCCGGUGCCAGGCGCAGACGCUGCUGCCUCAGCAAGAAGUUGAAGCACUCAAAGGUAUAGCGAGCAAGCUUAACAAGACGGAUUGGGAUUUCAGUGUGGAUCCAUGCAGCGCAUCAGGAAAUUGGGUCAAUUCCACUGGAUUUCUUAUCAGCAAUGUGACAUGUGAUUGUUCAUUCAAGGACCACACCGAGUGUCAUAUUAUCAGCUUACAACUUAUGCGGCAGAAUCUUAGUGGAGUUCUACCUGAUGAAGUUGUCAACCUUACUUAUCUGAGAUAUCUUGACUUGUCACGCAACUUCAUUCAAGGGCCAAUUCCAGCAUCAUGGGCUAACCUACCUAUUUUUAAUCUGUCUCUCCAGGGAAAUCGCAUAUCUGGAACACUACCUAAGGAGCUUGGACGCAUGCCCAUGUUGAAAUCUAUGCAGCUAGAAGGCAAUUGGAUUGAGGGUCCUAUUCCACCAGAGCUGGGUAACAUCAUCAGCUUGGAGAGAUUUUUCAUUUCUACAAAUAACAUCACAGGAGAGUUGCCCUCAACAUUUUCCAGGCUGACUAAUAUGACAGAUUUUCGAAUUGAUGGGAACAAUAUCUCAGGGAAAAUACCUAGUUUCAUAAAGAACUGGCAGCGUGUCAACAGAAUAGAUAUGCAGGGUACCUUGAUGAGUGGGCCUAUUCCUCCAGAAAUUUCCUUGUUGAACAACUUGACAGAACUGAGGGUGACUGAUUUGAGUGGACCAGGCAUGAAAUUUCCCCCCUUACAAAAUGCGCCGCACCUUACAGAAGUAGUCCUAAGAAAUUGCUCCAUAUAUGGUGAAAUACCUUCUUACCUUGGACAAAUGCAGUAUCUGAAAGUCUUGGAUAUAAGCUUCAACAUGUUGACUGGUCAAAUUCCAGCAAAUUUUGGAGGAAUGGCCGCACUACAAUAUUUGUACCUGACUGACAAUAUGCUGACUGGAGAUUUGCCUGCUUGGAUGUUGAAAAACAAGGCAAGCAAUAAAGUAAACAUGGAUAUAUCAUAUAAUAACUUCACGGGUAACCCUCCAUCCGAAUGUCAGCAAGCAAAUGUAAAUAUGGUGUCAAGCUUUUCAUCUUCAAAUGACAAUUCAUUGCAACCAUGCUUAAGAAGGAAUCUUCCUUGCAUGGGCAAAUCACGUUAUUCCUCCCUGUUCAUCAAUUGUGGUGGCAAAAGUGUGGCGAUCAAUGGAACUACCUAUAAGGAUGACUCAUCUCAAAUAGGAACAUCAAUUUUUGUUUUAUCUGAUGAUAGAAAAUGGGCAUAUAGUAGUACAGGUGAUUUUGUGGGUAACGAGAAUGCCGACUACAUUGCUAGAAACACAUCAAAACUGACCCUGGCUCAUCCCGAGCUAUACACUGAAGCUCGCCUCUCACCUCUCUCACUGAAAUAUUAUGGCCUUUGCAUGGAGAACGGUGAAUAUAUGGUAAAGCUUCAUUUUGCUGAGAUUGUGUUCACAGAAGAUCAUACUUAUUCCAGCAAUGGCAAGCGCAUUUUUGAUGUCUUCAUCCAGGGUGCUAAAGUUUUGAAGGAUUUUAACAUUCAAGAUGAGGCGGGUGGUGUUGGUCAUGCAAUCACAAAAAAUUUUACAGCCACCGUUACUGAUAAUACGCUGGAAAUUCACUUCUACUGGGGAGGCAAAGGCACCACAGCCAUACCUUACCGGGGUGUAUAUGGUCCACUUAUCUCAGCCAUAUCUGUGACACAAAAAAGCAGGAACCGCCAUGGAGUCUCUACAGGAGUGGUGAUCGCCAUAAUAGCAGCAUCAUGUUUAGCUUUCGUAUUGCUGCUAAUAGCCUGCUACAUCAAAGUCUUCCCGAAAAAGAAUCCGAAAGGAAGCGGUAGACAGUUCUUUUACCAUGGAAGGAAAACCAAGACUUCAGAGCUUCAAACACGGGCACAGUAUUUCUUUAGCUUGAAAGAGAUUGAAUCUGCAACAAAACAUUUUGAUCCUUCAAAUAAAAUAGGUGAGGGUGGCUUUGGACCUGUUUACAAGGGUACACUAGCAGAUGGUACUACAGUUGCCGUCAAAAAGCUGUCUUCAAAGUCAAGCCAAGGAAAUCGUGAGUUUUUAAAUGAGAUAGGAAUAAUAUCUGCUCUAAGGCAUCCAAAUCUUGUGAGGCUCUUUGGUUGUUGUAUUGAUGGGGAUCAGCUUUUGCUGAUAUAUGAAUUCCUGGAAAAUAAUAGUCUUGGUCGGGCACUUUUUGGUCGUGCAGAACAUCAGUUGAAAUUAGACUGGCCAACAAGGUACAACAUCUGCCUUGGAACUGCGAGAGGACUGGUCUAUCUCCAUGAAGAGUCUACAUUAAAAAUCGUCCAUAGAGAUAUUAAACCAUCAAAUAUUCUUCUCGAUGAAAAUAUGCAACCCAAAAUAUCUGAUUUUGGUUUGGCUAAACUGAAUGAUGAUUGUGGACGUGUGAGCACUCGGCUUGCUGGAACUGUCGGUUAUAUGGCUCCUGAAUAUGCCACAAGAGGUUGCUUGACACGUAAAGCAGAUGUGUACAGUUACGGAGUGGUGACACUAGAGAUUGUUAGUGGAAUGAGCAAUACAAAUAGCAUGUCAAAUGAAGAAUAUCUUCAUCUUCUUGAUUGGGCCGAAAGAUUGAAGCAGCAAGGGAGGCUGCUAGACAUUGUGGACCGCCGUCUUGGUUCUGAAUACUUGCAAGAACAGGCAUUGAGGCUGCUGAAUGUAGCUCUCCUCUGUACAAAGACGUUACCAACCGAGCGGCCAAGAAUGUCUUCAGUGGUGAAGAUGCUUUGUGGUCAGGUCCCCAUUGAGGUUGUACCUGAUGAUGAUCUAAUAGAAGACUUACGGUUCAAUAUCUCCCAAUCCUACCACUCCGUGAAUAACAGCCAAACAGAUUGGACCCACGCGGCGUCAAGUGAUCCUUCAAUUUUGCAGCACAACAGCAAGGACAGUGGUUACCUUCCGUCUUCGAGCUCCCCUUCUCUGAAGCUGUGAACUGCAGCGCCAAGAGCAGUUAGGCUGACGAUGCUGGCAAUUUUUUUGGGCCUGAUGCAGCAAUUGUACAUAGGCAGGCAUUUGGUUUGAUGCUUCUAAUUCCAGUUUUAUGUUGUUUGUCAGUUGUCAUUCAGGAUUCUAGUCCAUGUUCUGUGGCAAUUGAUCACGGUAUUGCACUGAACAGCUGAAAUGCCAUAAUUUGGCACCUUGUUCUCUUGUUUAGAAGUCUCACUCUUAUAAGAGGACCGAAGGAUAUGACUAGGUUCUGUCAAAACAGAGCAUAGUGAAGAUGAGAUUUGUGAACAAGCAAAUGUGUUAGGCAUUUGCCCUUCAAAGGAAAUGUAUUGAACAUACUGAUU